UCUCAUUUCUCCGCCAUACAUACCCAUCUACUCUGUUCUGCCAUGAACUCAGAAAACAAAACAUGAACCUCAUUCUCUAAUAACGCCAAUCUCUCUCUCUCUCUCUAAACUUCAACUCCGCCAUCCAAAAAUGUCAGCCAGCGCAAGCUUCCUGGGCUAUGGAGGAGGAGCAGCCUCACUGAACAACAUCCACAACUCACAGAAGCUGCAACUUCUUCAGAAUGUUAUGGUUGGAAAGAAGCUGAAUCUGAAGACAGCGAUGAAGAAGACGACGAGUGGUGGUGGGGUAGUGAGGUGCAGUGUAGGGAUAGGAGACUUCAUAGGAGGAGACUUGCUGAGGUUUGAUUUGGGAAAAUGGCUGUCUGAUGUGGAAGAACACAAAGCUUUGGCCAUAUAUUCUCCCCAUGAAGGUGGCUAUGAAGGAAGGUACUUGACUCGUCUCAGAUAUCAGGGUUACUAUUUCCUUGAUCUCUCUGCUCGUGGCCUUGGUGAUCCUGAAACCACUCUCACCAAGAUCCAUCCUGUUUGUCCUGCUCAUGUUGGGAAGCAGCCAAUAGCAAGGUGGUAUUUUCCACCUGAAGUUGAUUACAGAUUAGAAGCACUUCCACCUGAUGCCAAAGGACUUGUCGUGUGGAUUAUUGAAGCCAAGGUUCUUUCCAAGGCAGAAUUGCAAUUUCUUGCUCUACUACCUACACUUAGGCCUAAAGUGAGGGUCAUUGCUGAAUGUGGAAACUGGAGAAAGUUCAUGUGGAGGCCUCUGAAAGAAAUAGCUGGUUUAACAACCAGUGAAGAAGCUUGAUCCACUGAUAAAACAUCACCAUUUUUCAUCAGUAAAUACAAAGUACAUUCAAGCCUGGUUAGAAGCUUCAUUACUCUCAUCUACAAAACACCAAGCUGUACUGAGGAGAAAAGAGAGGAGAGAGAAAGUGUGUGGAGAUGAUUUUUCUUUUCUUGUAAAUAUUAAGAUUUUUCACAAUCGUGAGUAAUAUAAAUUCCAUUCAAAGCA